AUGUUAGAAAAAAAGUUUGCUGACAUUGACAAGAAAUUUGAGAAUGUUUUAAAUAAGAACAAGAGGAAGUUAGAAAAUGCUCAGAUAAAACCCAUACAUGACAAGUUCUUAUUUGCUCAGAAUGGUAUAACAGGUCUAAUUGCACCACCUGGGUCGGGUAAGACUUUCACUUAUCUUAAAAUGGCUGCACAACAACAAGAACUAGAUGAGAAGAACCCAUUCUAUGAGUUAGUUGUUAUUUGUAGUACUUCUGGUCAAUUUGACCAAACCGUCAAUUCGUUCAAAGAUAUUAUAAAGAAGUCUAAGUUAGUAUGUAUAAAGGAUACUGAGUUGUUAGAUUGGAUAAAGAAGUACCAAAGAAGAGUUUUGA